UAAAGUUUCGUGAGGCUGGGUUUUUAGCGAGAAAAGAAGGCGUGCUCGACAAAGGCAUAGCCAUUCGAGAAGAGAAGAGGCUCUGGCUGGGACUCCAAAAAUGUCGGUGUCUUCUACGGCCACUCCGCAGUUGCAGAGCUCUGGAAUGCUCUCCAGCGAGCAGUUUCUCCAUCUCUUCGACCGCUUCGCAUUCCUCGCUUCCCAGCCAGAUGUGAAGAAAAGGAUUGCGGACGCUGUUAAGGAUAAGCAUGAAGCUGUCGCUGUAACCACUGCAAUCCAAGAAGAGAUAUUUCUUGAGAUGGGAGUUGAUCCAAGGUUUGGUUUAUCAUGCCUGGGGAAAGUGAAUAUGGUUUAUGAGAAUGAUCAGGAUUUCAUGAUUCGCUUUUAUAAAUUUAUUGCAAGGGAAGAGAUGGCCUGUGAUGAAGCUGAGCUUGGACCAGAUGAAUUUACUGAAAGAAUGCGUAAUCAACAAAUACUACAGGAACAGCAACUGGAGAUGCUAAAGCACAUGCAGAAAUUUCACUUGGAUGACCAAUCUGCAAUUCUUGAGAAGUUGCGCAAGCAGAUGGAAAAUGCCAAUUAUGAGGAUGGGGCAUCGGUUUUGUCACCUGAACAGAUUCAGGAGAUUGUUCAAAGGAGGGUAUCGCCUUUAUUUAGGCCCCAGCAGACAUGACAUGGUUAAUGGAAGCAGGAAGUGUGCUGAAAGAAGUUUUGAUAAAGCCCCAAGGGAAGUGGGCGGUAGUCUCGUAGAUAGUAGAAAGCGGAAAUCAACUGCUGCAUGCGAAUAUUGGGAACCUGUUUUUGGCCUGUUGUAUGAGGCUUUCUCAGGAGUAAACAUUUUCUCCAGCUUCUUCUAUGACAGGAGAAAGACCCACCUGGCUUUUGUGAUUUUUCAUAUGAUCUCAUAAAUAUUGAUAAUGAGUUCCUUAAUUUAUGAGUACUUUGUUAGAAAAUGCUGCUACUAGAAUCAGGUAAUUGGUAGACUCAAAGUGGGAUGUAAAGGAUCGGGAUUCCUUAUAAUUAGUUGUUUGAAUUGUAUGCAAUUUGUUGGGUUGUUUUAUAGAGAGGAGGGUUGUGGGGCUCAGCUUUUUUAGGUUGGUGGGUUUAACAACUCCCUCUCUGUGGGAUUGCCUAAAUUGUACACAA